AUGGAUUAUAUAGUUUUAGGUCACAUAAACAUUGAGCAGCUGCCCACCAUCACAGCUCAGUCGCCCAGCACUCUCAUCGCCUUUCCCUUUGACGAAAGCUUCCCCGUGAUUUGUGAAGCCAAAGGGAAUCCCGAGCCAGAAUUCAGAUGGACAAAGAAUGACCAGGAAUUCGACCCCUUUCAAGACCCCCGCCUGAUGAAAGAAGAGAAUUCUGGGACCUUUGUGAUACCCAAUAAUGGGAACCUUACAGAGUACCAGGGAACCUAUCGCUGUUACGCCUCAAACAAACUAGGCAUCGCCAUAUCGAAGGAGAUUGAGUUCAUUGUGCCCAAUGUUCCUAAAUUCCCUAAAGAGACACUCGAUCCUGUCGUGGUAGAAGAAGGCCAGCCAUUUACUUUAAAAUGUGACCCACCUAACGGUAUACCUCCACUGCAGAUCUACUGGAUGACUAUUAAUCUCCAGCACAUUGAGCAGGAUCAGAGGGUGUCCGUGGGCCUGAACGGAGACCUUUACUUCUCCCACGCAGUGGAGAAGGACAGCGGGAGAGACUACUGCUGCUUCGCCUCCUUCCCCAGAAUACGAACGAUCGUUCAGAAGACCGCCAUGUCUGUCAUUGUCAAGACAAGAAAAAGUGACAGUUCUGAAAAUGCUAAUGCAAUUCUGGAGAGAAAACCCUCUCUUCUGACGCCCCCUGGUGGCAAAUCAGAGAUACAGCUGGUCAAAGGAGAGGACCUGAACCUGGAGUGUAUUGCUGAAGGAUUUCCAACUCCACAGGUUGAAUGGAUGAAAAUGGGCCACAAAUUUCCUAGUAAAGUGAGAUUUGAGAAUCAUGGAAAAUUGGUGAUUGUGCCAAGAGCUGAGCUGGAAGACAGUGGGAAGUACACGUGCAAGGCAAAGAAUCCACUGGGAGAAGUUCAACAUACCUUCACCGUGACAGUCGAAGAGCCUCCAGAGUGGGUGUUUGAGCCUGAGAGUCAGCUCAGUAUGAUCGGCUCAGACGUGCACAUCAAGUGCUCUGCCAGUGGGAUUCCUCAGCCGACGACUACAUGGAGGGUGAACGGUGGACCUCUGCAGGAGUCCCCAGCACGAAACAGGAGGGUAAUUGGUGACACCAUAGUUAUACAUAAUGCCCAAGUUUCUGACAGUGCUGUCUAUCAGUGUGAGGCCUCCAAUAGACACGGAACCAUUCUGUCCAAUGCAAACAUCAUGAUCAUGAAUUUGCAGCCCAUGAUUUUAACAAGUGAGGGGGAGGAAUACUCUGUUGUGGAGAGGAAGGGAGUGACGAUGCACUGCAAGGUCUUCAGCUCUCCUCCUUCUACAAUCACUUGGAGCAAAGACGACUCCCCUGAAUCUGUUCAUGGACCCAGGUUUACUGUUCAUGAAAACGGGUCACUGAAGAUCUACAAUGUGGAGAGGGGUGACACAGGACAGUACACGUGUUUGGCCAAAAACACAGAGGGAUCAUCUGCUAUCAAUGCCAUGCUUUAUGUAAAAGAUCCCACUCGAAUAGUAGUGGCCCCGGAGGACCAGCGGAUCCUAAUAGGUACCACGGCCCAGCUCUCAUGCCUGGCGGAGUACGACAAGUCUUUCAGCAAUGACUUUGAGCUCCUGUGGGAAAAAGAUGAUAUGGAGAUAGCCCUCAACUACACUGAGAAUUCAAGAUACUUUGUGGAGAACGGUGUUUUUCACAUCAUGAAUGUGAGCCACAGCGACCAGGGUGUGUACACAUGUGUGGCAAAAACUCCAGCGGACCAAGACGUGGCCUCAGCCCUCCUCAUGGUGUUAGAUGUCCCCGAUGCGCCGGAGAACUUGGUACUGUCUGACCGCAAGGGCAGAAAUGUGACGCUGAAAUGGGUCCCCGGGGACGACCACAACAGCUCAACCACAGAGUUUAUUAUCGAGUACGAGGAGAGCCACUGGGAACCAAGCAACUGGAAGGAGCUACUCCGAGUACCUGGGAACCGCAACUCUGCUGAGCUCAAGCUCAACGGCAAUGUCGACUAUUGCUUCCGAGUGUCCGCCGUGAACGCUGUGGGAACCGGGCGUCCUAGCGAGGCCACAGAGAGAUACAAAACUCCUCCAGAAGCCCCUGACAGGAACCCUGAAAAUAUCAGAAUCGAAGGUCAUUUGCCACAUGAAAUGGAUAUCAAAUGGGAGCCCCUGUUACCAAUUGAGCACAAUGGUCCCGGCUUGGAGUACAAGGUGAGUUACAGACGACAAGAUGUGGAAGAAGACUGGAAGGAGAACACAGUGAAGAGACACUCAUUCGUGGUGAAGAACACCCCAACUUUUGUUCCCUACGAAAUAAAGAUCCAAGCCAAGAAUCGUCAGGGCUUUGGACCUGAGCCCAAGUUAGUGACUGGCUAUUCAGGAGAGGACUUUCCCUCUGCUGCACCUGAUGAUGUAGCUGUGGAGGUGAUGAACAGCUCCGUGGUCAAGGUUAGCUGGACACGAGUACACAAGGACAAGUUACAUGGACAUCUGGGAGGCUACAGGAUAAGUUGGUGGCGUCUGCGCAGUCUGGUGGACUCAAAGAAAAGUCCCGGAGAUAAACACACGCUGGCAGUCCCCGGGGAUAAGAACCACGCCACGGUACCAAUUCUGACGCCCUUCUCCGAGUACAGCCUCAUCGUCAUGACCUUCAACGGGCGGGGCAACGGCCCAGGCAGUCAUCCCGUCAACUUCAAAACCCCAGAGGGAGUCCCAGAGAAAAAUCAUGAUUUCAGGGUCACAGAUGUACAGAGGCACACUGUCUCUUUGGCCUGGGAGCCGCCGUUGGAGCCUAAUGGGAUUCUCAUUGGCUACCUCCUUAAGUACCAUCUCAUCAAUGACACAGAAGAAGUGGGACCACUGCAGACAGUAGAUAUUAGCAAACCUGAGACCACCACGUGGAUCCUGCGUGACUUGGAGCCUUUGAGUAAAUACAAGUUCUACCUGUGCUCCUGUACCACGGUGGGCUGCGGGCCUGACGUCAGCAACGAGUGCACCACCACCCUGGAAACAAGCAAGUCAGCUUCCCCCUCACCUCCAAGCACUCCAAAGUCCCCUGUGACCAAACCCACUCGUUCCACCAUAGGUCUGGCCAGCAUUCACGGAGGAAUAUCUACCAAGGGCUGGUUUAUCGGGCUGAUGUGCGCCAUUGCUCUCCUCACACUCAUUGUGUUGAUCGCCUGCUUUGUCAACAGAAAUAAAGGAGGGAAGUAUUCCGGUAGGUCCUCACUUUACAA